CCAGGACCCCGCAUUCACUAUAUCUGGUCUCCCAGGACCCCGCAUUCACUAUAUCUGGUCUCCCAGGACCCUGCAUUCACUAUAUCUGGUCUCCCAGGACCCUGCAUUCACUAUAUCUGGUCUCCCAGGACCCUGCAUUCACUAUAUCUGGUCUCCCAGGACCCUGCAUUCACUAUAUCUGGUCUCCCAGGACCCUGCAUUCACUAUAUCUGGUCUCCCAGGACCCUGAAUUCACUAUAUCUGGUCUCCCCAGGACCCUGCAUUCACUAUAUCUGGUCUCCCAGGACCCUGCAUUCACUAUAUCUGCUCUCCCAGGACCCUGCAUUCACUAUAUCUGCUCUCCCAGGACCCUGCAUUCACUAUAUCUGCUCUCCCAGGACCCUGCAUUCACUAUAUCUGCUCUCCCCGGACCCUGCAUUCACUAUAUCUAGUCUCCCCGGACCCUGCAUUCUCUAUAUCUGGUCUCCCAGGACCCUGCAUUCACUAUAUCUGCUCUCCCAGGACCCUGCAUUCACUAUAUCUGGUCUC